GUUCUUAAGGCAAGAAUUAACAGCCAGAUCUGAAGGCUGGAGGUCGCUUGUGAUUUUUGUCCUGCUUUCACCUGUCCGACAAAGAGCCACCCACCAAGAUGGCUCAGUGGCAGGCCCUUCUGAAGCUGGACUUUGCACUCCAGAGCCGGGUCUGCCAGCUGUACGAGAGAAGAUUUCCCAAAGAGAUUCGCCACUAUCUGAGCACCUGGAUCGAGAACCAGGACUGGGAUUUGGCAGCUGUGGAUGAGCACAGAGCCAGAACCUGUUUCCAGGCUCUCCUGGUGUUUCUACAAGAGCAGUGGUAUCGUUCUGUUCAGGAGAACAAUAUUCUGCAGGGGCCAGAUUUUUCCAGGAUGAACGACUACCUGCUGGGGCAUUUCCAGGGUGAGCCGCUGAAAUUGGCCCUAAUUCUGUCUGAAUGCCUGAAGGAGGAAAAGCAAAUUCUGGCUUCGGUCUCUGAGCCUCAGAGUUGCAACAAUCCAGGCAUGCAACAAAGCUGGAGAGAGUUGGACGACAAAGUCAAUGAACUGAAGCGACAGACUUUGGAGACCAAGAAGGAAAUCAAGACACUGGAGGGUCUGAAUGAAAAUCUGGACUAUAUUCUGAUGGCCUGGCAAAAUAAAGGUAUGAUAGCACGACCACAUACUGUAUAUAAAAGACGGACAUUGCCAUUACCUACUGAUUUUAUUAUUGUGCUGCAUCAGUUGGUUAACAUUUUAGAGCAGACAGAAAAGGUCGUGGCGACUCUCACUGAUGUGGAGCUGCCGGAGUGGAAGCGCAGGCAGCAGUUGGCCUGCAUUGGAAGUCAAGCUGACACCAGUCUGGACCACCUGGACAAGUGGUUUUCGACUGUCGCCGAAGUGCUGCUAGGAGUCUGCGAACAGCUGAAGAAACUUCAAGACCAGAACAGCAAAUACAGCAGCGCUGACCCUGCCUUCUGCCUCCCUACUUCAAUCCCAGAAACUGAGAAAUUUGGGCUGUCCUUGUUAAUAAAACUAGUCACAAACGCUCUGGUGGUGGAGAAACAGCCCGUCAUGCAGAAAUUUGCACUGCGUCCUCUGAUACUGAAGACCGGGGUGCAGUUCAGUAUCACAUCGCUCAAGGAAAGAAAAUCAAGAAGCAAAAGCUCAUCUGCGAACCAUCUGGUAGUCACUGAAGAGCUGCACAUCAUCAAGUUUGUGACAGAGUUUCAGUACGCAGGACAAAGGUGCAACAUCGAGGCCAGCUCCCUGCCCGUGGUCGUCAUCUCCAGCACGAAUCAAGUCCCCAAUGCCUGGGCCUCCAUCAUGUGGUGGAACAUGGUGUCCACCAGUGAACCUUGGGACCUGUCGCUGUUCCUGAAUCCUCCUCCUCUCACCUGGGAGCAGCUGUCACAGGUGCUGAGCUGGCAGUUUUUGACCGUUGGCAAACGAGGGCUUGAUGAAAUGCAGCUCUCCAUGCUAAGAGACAAAAUUAUGGUUGGUGCUGCUGCAGAUGAUCCUGACGGCGUGGUGAUCUGGAGCAGCUUCUCCAAGAACGAAAAUGCCUGGAUCUGGAUCGAUGGCAUCCUCGAUUUAAUCAAGAAACAGUUGGUGGAUCUUUGGCGUGACGGAUCCAUCAUGGGGUUCGUGAGCAGGGAGAGGACACGCCUCCUGCUGCAGGAAAAACAGGCCGGUACUUUUCUGAUCCGGUUCAGUGAGAGCAGCAAAGACGGCGCCGUCACCUUCAGCUGGGUCGACCACUCCAACGGUGAGCCUCAUGUGCAUGCAGUACAGCCGUACACCAAGAAAGAGCUGUUGGUGUUACCUCUGCCAGACAUCAUUUACCGCUACAGUCUGGCAUCCCAGCGAAGCAGAAAUCCCCUGGUCUACCUUUACCCCGACAUCCCCAAAGACACCGCCUUCGGACGCUACAAAUCCCCCGAAACAUCAGAACCUUCAGGGGAUGGAUAUCACCGCAGAAUACCUUCUUUUAUAUCCAACGAUCCUACGCCACCUCCUUCUCCACCCAAUGAGACCUACAUGAUGGAAAUGGACAAUGAGCCGGAAACAAGUGCCGACUUGAGUGAACUCUUCCCUCUGCUGGAUUGCUGAUCACACCUGCACUUUGCUGGAAAAGAAAAGCUGUACUGUAAAAAUGGCAACAAUCAAUGUGUAUGAGAUUGUAUUCACAUUCUGUUUUUCUUACUGUGCUGUAUAUUUUCUUUAUAUUUAGUUUUAAUAAUAUUAUUUUUCUUCUUUGGCUCUCGGAGGAGGCGGACGCACUUUUUCU